AGAAGCUUGAACUCCUUGUAGGCCGUAUAGGCUACUGAGUACCACCAUCAUGAGUGAUGUGGCCUGCGUGACUGACAGGGAAGCAGGCAAGACUUGUGUCUUGGAGACUGAGGGCGUGACCCAAGUGUAGGGAUGUGAUCUGAGGGACCAGCCAGGGCGACAGGGACCGAACCUUAGUACACUAAGAUGAUGGGGCCUAAGUGUCUGAACAGCAGCUGUAUGGGGCCACGGUGAUGGAGGCGUGAGUGGGGAGAGUCGGGCAACAGGAAUGCAGCUAGAGACUAUUGCCUGAGUGGAUCUUGGAAGACAGGGGCGGGGCCCGUGCGGAUGGGUAGGACCAAGUACAGCCAGCUUCGUGGGGGUCCCCACAUCCCUGGCAGACUGACUGGCGGAAGUUUUUCUGACUACAGUCCCCGACCUCCGUCAGAAAUGGGGAACGUGCAGUCGGAGCCGUCCGCAGGCGGGGGCUCCCGAAAAGAGCAGGCCUCGGACCGCUCCUCCGACUCCCGCCGGACGUCCCUGGAGGAGCCCGAGGUCACCCCCUCCUCCCCGGCCAUGCGCCUGGCUCGCGGGCUGGGCGUCUGGUUCCCCGGCAGCUCCGCGCCCCCGGGACUCCUGGUGCCCCCGGAGCCCCAGGCCUCACCCUCAACCCUGCCCCUGACCUUAGAACUGCCCUCGCCAGUGACGCCCCCUUCUCAGGAGGCGGCUGCGGCCGCGGUCUCCACACCACCCUCGCCCCCCGUGGGGAGCCUGAUGCCCGCGCCGUCUAAGUGGCGAAAACCCGCGGGCACUCCGGUGCCCCGAAUGCGCAGUCUGCUGGAGGUGACCCAUCGCGGCCAGGGCGACCCUCCGAAUCUGCGCCCGCUGCCGCCGCCGCCCCGGCCACUAACAGAAGAGAACCGCAACUCUGUCCCGAGGGCCCCAACCCCGAUUCCGCCGCCCGUGGAGCCGUGGAAGGCGCCGCCACCGCCACCUUCCGACUGGCAGCCCCCGGAGCGCAGAAUCGCCCCCGCUCUGGCCACACCCGCCGCCGCCCCUGCAGAAAGCCAGGCGGGGCACGGCAGCGAAGGCCAGACGGCCGGCGGGGCCCGCGGAGGGGCGGCUCCCCAGGCCGGCGAGGGCGAAAUGGCCCGGCCUGCGGCCGCCGAGCCCGGCCUGAGCCUGCUGUGUAAAGUCACCUUCAAGCUGGGACCCCCUCUGCCCCCUGCGGCAGCGUCGAGUCCCUUAGCGACCAAAGCCUCGCCCGGGGGCGGCGGAGGCGGAAGACACUUCUCCGCCACCUCGGGCGCCAUCUCUUACGCCGAGGUCCUAAAGCAGGGGCGCCUGGCUCCUGGGGCCGCUCGCCCCUCGGGAGAGGUCCCUCGGGGGACUCAGGAAGCAAAGGGCGGUGAUGGAGACGGCGAGGGGUGUUCUGGACGCCCCUCGGCGCCUGCGUCCCACGCCGGGACCCUUCCGCCACCACCCUACACCACCUUCCCAGGCUCGAAGCCCAAAUUUGACUGGGUGAGCCCUCCCGAGGGCCCUGAACGCCACUUCCGCUUUAACGGAGCCAGCGGAGGCGUCGGGUCGCCCCGACGGCGCGCGGCCGCGCUCCCAGGUCCCUGGGGCUCCCCGCCGCCUCUGCCAGGGCAGAUGCACCCCGCUCCCGGGCCCCGGAGGCCCGCACCCGCCGUGCUGGCGCCGCCUAUGUUUAUCUUCCCGGCGCCCACCAAUGGCAAGCCCGUGCGCCCCGGGCCUCCGGGCCCGCAGGAGUCGCAGCCGCCGCCACCGCCGCCGCCCAAGGCACCGCCCACGCCACCUCCCGCCCCGCCGCCCACACCGCAGCCACCGCCCACACCGCAGCCGCCCGUGCUCCAGCCGACGCCGCUGCCCGCGGCGCUCCCGCCCACCCCAGGCCCGGGCCACUUGGAGUCGGCCCUGGCUCCCGCCCCGUCUCCCGCUGUGCCCCUCGCCGUGGCUGCCGAACAGGCCCCAGCCCGGGCCUCGGACCCAGCCCCACCUCCGGCCGGGGCCCCAUCCCCGGCUCCAGCUCCAACUACGGCCGAGCCAUCGCCGCCCGCGCCCGCGCCCAUCAAGGCCCGCACGCGCAGGAACAAGGGUUCCCGCGCAGCCCGGGGCGCGACCCGCGAGAACGGCGCGCCUGGAGAUGGUCCUCGCGAACAGACCGCGGCUACCGUGACUGACAGCGGCGCUGCAGGGAGUGGUGGCGGCGGGGCUCCUCCGGCGGGGACGGCUAACACGGGCGCUGCGCGCCACUGGCCGCCCUUCCAGGUGCUUAACUCUUGUCCCUGCAAGUGUUACUGCCGCCACCAGCCGCGCCAUCGUCGCCUGCCACGCAACGUGUCUGCCUGGCUGAGCACGCCCACUAACCACCUGAGCGAGCCACCCUGGGUCACCACCAUCAAGCUGGCUGGAUCCCUGGUGGCGGGGCUGGAACACUACGACCUGCAGGCUACCCACUCCAACUGAGGCCAGUCUGCGCCAUGCCCUCCGCCUUCCCCUCCUUGACAAUAAAAGAACAUCCAGAUGCCUAGCUGCCGGUCAGUCACCUGCGAAGGGGUGAAGGGGUA